UACAAGCAUAAACCUGCCGACGAAGAACGUUGGGCAGCCGUGAUCCGGUCGAACCCCAAGCGAGUCGUUAGCGCACUUGGUCUGUAUUCAUCUCCAGACGCUACAAACCAGUGGGGUGAUACAAUUGCGGACGUACACCCUCUUGUACAAGCGGCCGAGUAUGCAGCCAAAAAAGGGGGGAAACCAUGGGCGAACCUUGUUAAAGCCGGCUUCAUCGAUGCUGUUUGCAAGGCAGUUCUCGAGAUCAACACACAAGCAUAUGAGGACGAAUAUCCUGCAGUGGAUCCAGCCAUUCGUAAGCAGGUUCUAGAAGCACGGCCUCCUUCGUAUUACCUCGCCCUGUGGAUCCUUUUUCAAGCCGGAAAUCAUCUAACAAGGCAGCCUGCGAUUGAGUCAAGUCGUGUGUUUGCUUUGACUGUCAAGAAAAAUUGGUCCAAAUUCAUGCAACGACUAUGGUCCGAUCCGGAUGCGAAAGAUCCUCACAAAUUAUACGGGACUCACUUCAGUAACAGGAUUGAACUUACCGGUCUUUUUCAUUCAUUACUUGAAACUGAUCCUCCGUUCAUCAAUACUAUAAUCGAUGACUCAGAUGUCACACUAUCUCUUUUUACUCGCUACUGGACACAAGCUGUUAAAUCCGGGUACCUCCUCACCUAUAUCGAUAUCAUAAGCGAGAUACUGUGUUCUGUUUCCACGACAAUCCUCGCUCCGACUCCUC